CGGCGCCUUCUCACAGGUCAAGGUGGCCGAGAAACGAAGCGACCCCGGCAAGCUGUACGCCAUCAAAAUCAUCGACAAAAAGGCGCUCAAAGGAAAGGAGGAUUCGUUAGAGAAUGAAGUCAAAGUGUUGCGGAGACUACGUCACCCGAACAUAGUCAACCUGUUAGAGACGUACGAGGACAAGCACAAGGUGUACCUAGUCAUGGAGAUCGUCACUGGCGGUGAGCUGUUUGACCGGAUCGUCGAGAAGGGCUCGUACACGGAGAAGGACGCCUCUAAUCUAAUCCGACAAGUGCUGGCCGCCGUCGACUUCAUGCACGAGCAGGGCGUCGUGCACCGCGACCUCAAGCCGGAGAACCUGCUGUACUUCAGCCAGGACGAGGACAGCAAGAUCAUGAUCAGCGACUUUGGUCUGAGCAAGAUGGAGGAUUCCGGCAUCAUGGCCACGGCCUGCGGCACGCCGGGAUACGUCGCGCCCGAAGUCCUCGCCCAGAAGCCCUACGGCAAGGCCGUGGACGUCUGGAGUAUAGGCGUCAUCGCCUACAUCCUGCUCUGCGGAUACCCACCAUUCUAUGACGAGAACGACGCCAAUCUGUUCGCUCAGAUUCUGAAAGGCGAAUUUGAGUUCGACUCGCCCUACUGGGACGACAUCAGCGACUCGGCCAAGGACUUCAUCCGCCAGCUGAUGUGUGUGGACGCGGAGAAGCGGUUCACCUGCAAGGAGGCGCUCCAGCACCCCUGGAUCAGCGGCAACACGGCGCGCGACAAGGACAUUCACAGCUCCGUCUCCGAGCAACUCAAGAAAAACUUCGCCAAGUCGCGGUGGCGGCAACUUAUGCAUGCCAUAGUGAUGGUACACAAGAUGCAGCGGAUGCGACUGAGCAGCACCAGUAUGGAGGUGGAGGCGCCGGGCGCCGCCGGGCGCGCCCCCGCUGCCGCCGCCGCCCCAGCUGCCGUCACCGCUGCCGUUGUCAACACGGCCGCCGCCACCGCCGCCACCACCGAGCCGGCCGGCCCGGCCGCCAACCGGUCCGCAGGUCUGUCGGCGUUCGCCCCGGCCCGGCCCGGCCCUGCUGUCUAGAGACGACGGCUGUCGCUCUGUGUCAUCCCACCGCACCGCGCGCGUACCGCCACAUCCUGUAGUCAAGAGCCAGCACCACCGGCUGCCACAGAGCGUAGACCUCACGUCUGGCUGUGAACUGCGGCGCCGGGCGGCGUGUCUAGCGAGCGGCGCCGGCUGCGGCUGUGUCUGGACCUAGCGGCUGUUGUGUCCGGCGUUGUAGCACACUGUCAAGCAACGCCGAUCUGCGUGCGCAUGUCGAUUGAAUGUCACUGACUGCGUCUAGCUAGCGCCCACGCUCCAGCACUGGUGUUAUGUGUGGGUCCCAUGUUUGUCGUGUAGACGAGCGCCACUGCACGUAGGGCCAAGGAUCAAUGUUGCGCAUACGCACACACGCAGAUUCCGAGCCUAGAUGUACUGAGUGCUUUCAUGGCGUGCGUUGCUGCAAGUCCCGUCAUGUGUAGAUCCCCCCGUGCUCCCAACGGCUUCCAAGUCGGCGUGCUCCAGCGAGUGAGUAUCGACUGGGACGCUGGAGCGCAGCUGCACCGGCUGCCGUCUUGGCUGAGCUAGUGUAGCCAGACCUACCAGCUGGCUCCAUAGUGUAGCCGAACCCGCCAUCUGAUGACCGAGACCAUGACUCGAUGUGCGCGAAAUGUCCGGUUAGUGUGAUGUAAUGCCGUAGCAGACCCUGAGGCAAAACGGCCGUUUAAUGUGGUAUGACUGUUUUGUGUGAUGUGGUACGGUAAUGGGCCCCAUGGGCCAUUCUCUUGUGUUUGCCUGCUUGGCCAACGUCUGUGAUUCGCGUGCGUGGCUGACUAAUAUGCCGCUAUCCACCGGCUCACCUUGUGACCCGUGGGUGUGUUGCCCAGCUAGACACCGCGUCACGUAAGCCUAAGGCGCGGCGGGGUGGCUGGAUCGUUUGGUCUCCUCAAUGGUCGCCGCGCCGUCACGCCGUACAGCUGAACGUGGAUCCUCCAGUGUACAGGCCGCCCCGGCGUUCCGUACUCAGAGCUGAUGAUUGUUCGGCCAUGUCCUGCCGGCCCCCAGGGAGUUCACCCGGCCGUAUCUGGCCACGCAUCACCGGGCGUUAAUCGGCGCCGAUGCCGGCCGCCGCCGGCCGCCGCUAAUGGCCUGUUUACGCGGUCGGCCCGCGGCCGGCCUCUCUCAGCAGGCGCCGGCCCGCCGCCGCUCUUGCAGCCAUUACUCGUCCAUUGCUCAGAGUAGCCGUCUCGUCGCCGGAGCGGGUAGCAGCCGCGCGCGCGCCAGCCGCCCCCUCGGCGAUUAGGUCAGAUGGGAUGCGGGCGCCGCCAUCGCCGCCGCCGCCAGCCGGCCGGUCGGCCGUCUCGUAAAACAUCGGCACCGCUAUUGUCGUUUGGAACGACUCUGCCCGGCCGCUGUCCGGAGCUCGGCGCAGAGCGGAGACGCCGCAGGGGCGGCCGGCCGCUGUCCGGGGUGGCGCUCUCAGUCAAGGCCGGCGUCGACACGAGGGACAGAGGCAGGGCCAGGGAGGUCGGCGUUGGCACGAGGGACGCGGAAUGGACCGGGGAUGUCGGCAUUGGCACGAGGGACGCGGGCACGACCGGGGAGGUCGGCGUUGGCACGAGGGACAGGGGCAGGACCGGGGAGGUCGGCGUUGGCACGAGGGACGCAGAGUGGACCGGAGAUGUCGGCGCUGGCACGAGGGACAGGGACAGGGACAGGGCCGGAGAGGUCGGCACUGGCGCGAGGGACAGGGGCAGGGCCGGGGAUGUCGGCACUGGCACGAGGGACAGGGGCAGGGCCGGAGAGGUCGGCACUGGCACGAGGGACAGGGGCAGGGCCGGAGAGGUCGGCACUGGCACGAGGGACAGGGGCAGAGCCGGGGAGAGUUGCCAACUCCUACGGCAAUGCAAUAAGAAGCAGCGUGGUCUGUUGUGGAACUAUUUCGCUCCGGGGAGCACUCAGUGUCUCGCCCACAGUGGACUCGCGCCAGCUCGCCGAAGCGGGCGGAUACUUACGGGAUGUCCCUUGUGGUUUUCCAAGGGUCAAAUAAUUUGCCCCAGCAACUAUUGGCGGUAUUUUACAUUUUUCUCUGCCUGAAGUGCCGCCGCAAAAAUUAGAAGAUCUUUGUUUACAUGGAAAGGACGUGUCAUCCAAUCAGACGGUAGAAGGCGGCCGUGUACUGCUGUCAGGAGUGUACUCUAUAGCGCUCCGCUCUCUUCUCUCGCGUCGUACAGAGCACGUGUGACGUGGCGAAACAUAUUUCGCGGCUUCAAAUCUGCGAACGCAUCUCCAGUUACAAUUCUCCAUAAUCGGCCGCCAGCGGCCAUCCGGCCGCUCCUCCAAAGCAGCAGCCCUCCGCGCGACCAGCGAGACCAGCGAGACCAGCGCGACGACCGCGGUCAGCCGUGGCCAGGACCCGGGCAUCCGCCGUCGUCUGCCCACCCGCUCCAGCCCGCUCCAGUCUGCCCGCCCGCUCCAGCCAGCCCGCCGCACUCCGGCCGGCCGCCACCAUCUCCGGGCGGCUCGAUAUGGAGACAAAGGCUCGCUCCGCCGCCGGUGCGAUCCGUCACGCGGCGUCCCGACGGCCCCCGAGGUGUGCCCCCCCCCCCCCCCGCCGGGCGAUGUUCGUUCGAUCCGGCGGCGGUGGCGGCGUGCCGGGCUGGGAACACAGAGGCUAUAUCCGCGCGGAUCGAACUGUCGCUGUGCAGGCGUCGCGGCCAGUAGCCACCUGUCGCAGAUACGAACGGCGUGAGUAAGAGCGACCGACCAGAGGAAGGUCGCUGCUGGUCCGGGCCCAGCUGCGGCGUCAUUCGCACCGCGGGUGGACGCGCCGCGCGGACGCUGCCGUGGUUUUCGCUACGGAAGCUUUGAGUCGGGCAUUACCGUGGCUCUCGCUUCAGAAGCUCUGAGUUGGGCGGGAGCUCGCCUGCGGCUCUCGCUACAGAAGCUCUGAGUCGGGUGUUACUGCGGCUCUCGCUGCGGAAGCUUUGAGUCGGGCGUUACCGCGGUUCUCGCCACAGAAGCUCUGAGUCGAACGUUACCGCGGCUCUCGCUUCAGAAGCCCUGAGUCGGGCGUUACCGCGGCUCUCGCUUCAGAAGCCCUGAGUCGGGCGUUACCGCGGCUCUCGCUUCAGAAGCCCUGAGUCGGGCGUUACCGCGGCUCUCGCUACGGAAGCUCUGAGUCGGGCGCGGCCGCGGCUUUCGCUACAGGAGCCCUGUGUUUAGCACGGCCGCGGCUCUCGCUGCAGAAGCUCGGGGUCGGGCGCCGCCGCGGCUUUCGCUACAGGGGCCCUGUGUCUAGCACGGCCGCGGCUCUCGCUGCAGAAGCUCGGAAACGGACGAGGCUGCGGCCCAGACGCCCACCUGAACAGCGUUAUUGCGUGAUGCCAGCCCCGUUCGGGUUCUACUCUGUCGUGCUCUCUGUUCGGACACUGCCAGUCUUCUUGGUCGUAAGGGCAAAUGUGAGCAGCUAGCGGAAGGAUCUGCGGCUCCGAUUGCAGCGGUGGCGGUACCAAUUUCGCCGGUAUUUUCAGGGGAAAGGCUGAAUACGGUCGGGCGUAGCGGCGGGUCUGGUGUGCGGAGGUCAACACGCGCUGGCCAGAGACCGACAAAGGCAGAUUUGGGUCUGCGAUCCGGGCAGCCUUGGGAGCCUUAUCAUUCGAAAGGCGGGGAGAGUGCGAAGUGGUACAUUCUGGAGGGGAAGACGCCUCCGUGGCUAUGACCGUGAUGAGGGUCCCGGCAUUGAGGGACAGUGACAGCCGUGAGUCUCACCCACGUCCAGGGUAAGGUGUUGCCGAAGUCAGCGAGUCCGUGCCGUCAUGCCUUGCUCCCGUGUUGCGGAGAACGUGACCCCCCUCCCCGCCCCGCCAUCGACCACGUGGUGGGGCGUGUCUAACACACUGGCCCGGCGCUGGGAGCAGCCUCUCAUUGAGGCUGAUCAGCUGGCGUCGCCGUGUUCGACGGGCCGCCGUCGCCUCACCCCGGCCUGUUUGUGUGCUCGCGGCGUCGCCCGGGUCGGCCGCCGGCCGGACGAUAUUGCUCCCGUGUUGACACGUCCUCUGUGUGUGUGUGUGUGUGUGUGUGUG